GAGAACAAAAUCACCCUCCGUUACAACUGUCAUAAAAAUAAGGGAGACCAAGACAAUCAAGUCAUUCCUCGCUUAGUCUAGUUUAUCUGGCUCAUCCCGAAGGACUGAUAGGCCAAACGUCAGGGUGAAAGGAAAGAUUAGGCCGCACCCAAUCACCAAGAAACUGCUAUGGAAACCUCAGGACUCACAAACCAGUGACUUUUGAUCACCAUUGGGACUUCUUCUGUUUAGGUCUCAUUUAGUCUUUCUAUGCGUCCGGCAUGCGUCAGUUCCACCUGUUAAGUUGUUUAUGCUACAACUUCUGCCCUCUGGAGAUCAGGAGGUUUGCUUAAAUCCUGACAAGCGGCACCAUUCAUCCAUAAAUACAAUGAACGCUCGCGUUCUGGAGGAGCUCCAGGAUGCUCCUCAACGCCACCGUCCCUCUGUCUGUGGAUUUCGACACUCCAGAGGACUUCCUCAUCUUCAUCUUCCACAUCCUGUUUGCCACAAGCGCCGUGCUCGUCGCCGGCUCGGUGGUGAUCGGGAUCUCCUCCACCAGGUCUCUGCGAGGCCAGAACCGUUUCAUAUUCAUGCUGAACACGAGUAUCAGCGACACUCUGACCGGCUUCUCGGUCUACUAUCUCGGCCUCUUCGACGUCCAAGAGGGGUAUCCCUCGCGCAACGGGACGUACUACAUUUUACCCUCAUUUCUAGGAGUCAAUGUAUUAACUUUCCUCUUCGCUCAGUUUGACCGGUACUUCGCCGUGUGCCACCCGUUCUUUUACAACCGCUACAUAACAAGGUCUUUUGUCAUCGGGGUCUGUGCGUUUUGCUGGAUUUACACAUAUACCAUCCUCACAGUGCAGAACAUGGUGCCUAUCACAAAGGCGGCGCAAAUAAACGCGUUCGGUGUAAUGACUCUGCAGAUUAUAGUCCUCAUUAAAGUGCUGAUGACAGUUAAAUUAUACAUCAUAGCCAGGAAUCAUCUGGUGAGAGAGGCGCCAAGUGCUGAGAGAGACAACAAAAAGGAGUCACUGCGCAUUAUUGUGUUCGUGGUUAUUUGCUUCUUGGCUCUGUGGUGCCCAUCAUUUGUCAAUAUAAUAGUCAGACAGUUGACCAGGAAAGGUCUGAGGUUUAGGAAUGAAGCCACUAACCUGUUCGCCAUCAUGGCACGCCUGAACGCGCUGGUCACGCCGGUGCUGUACGUGUGGGGGAGCCCGGCGCUGCGGGGGGCCGUGUGGAGGACAGUGUGGCGGAGGGUCUGCCCCUGGAGGAAGGCAAGAAUUGGCUUUAACAUUGAUGGACUGAAAAACAAAAUAUAGCAGGCAGUAUCAGCAUCAUCGAUCAUAAUGUUCAGAUUACACGGAAAGAACUCGAACAAACCGUACUGGGCAGCUGGUGCGUGUGGGAAGGUGUGAUAUCAAAGGUGAAAUAUGGACUGUGUUUGAGAUUAGCUGAGGGCAGCUGGCAGGGUGUAAUUGUUGUUGUUGUUGUUUGUACCGCUGCCACAUAUUUCGAGGACGAUCCACUUUGUAGCAGAGAUGAGUAAUCCUGACAUUAAAUUUGAAGCGAUGCACUGGUUUGCACACCUGUCAUACUUGUCAAAAACAGAAUAAAGUAAAAUAACCUUUUUUUCCAUUAACAACUGCAUAUGUUGCUUAUCUUGAACUUAAAAUAUGGAUUGCGUAUUUUCAUUUUCUGGAAAAGUCUUCAUCUGCUAACAUUGCAGGUAACGGGAGCCUCUGACGCCCUGCCCAUCCUACAUCUUUUAUUUGAAGCUGUGGAUGACAUUUUAAUUCAGAUUUUUGUGCAGGAAGACUUGUGAAGUUAAGUUUAAGGUUAAUGUGACUAUUCUUGUUGAAGUAAAAAGAAAAACAACAACAGAUGAAUGACACGUUAUAAAUUGUAGACGUUUUAUAUGAA